UCCAAGGGUCAAUUCUAAUAUGCUGCAAUACAUAUAUCUUACUGGAUCGAGACUCUAAUAAUUUGCUGCUUUAAUUGGCUGCAAUUGUGAGAGAGUCUAUGAUUGAGCGGUCAUAUAUGAACUCUCUCACCCUAAAUAAUUUAGCGAGUAAUUUGCUAUCUAGACAAUUUAGACAACAUAUUGAUGGAGACGAAUACCCUAGCUCCUAAGACACGGAGCGCUGCACAGGAGGGAGCUCAGCUUGGGGAGGAGGGAUGGCCUUGCUGCCUCCCUCCUUCCUUUGCCUCUCUACGCAUGGUGAGCUAACCUAUUUACCUGAUGUACCCUAACUCCUUUGCUACCUUCCUCCUCCCCUCGCCCUCUUUGCCUGUGCAGUUUUUCCCCGUCUCUUCCGCCUCUUUUCCCCUCCAUCCCUCCCCCUUUUUUUUUCCUCUCUCUGCUCCUCUCUGUUUUCUCUUGUGCGGUGUGGGUAACCCUUGGGAUUCCCCACGUUUUGCUUUUGAUCCCAGCUACAGCCUUCCCCGUUUCUCUACCUCUUCAGGGUGUCGCCAUUUUCCUUCGCUCCGGUCUCCGGCGGGUGCAAAUCUGGGGUUUAGAUCUGUUUCUUACUGGCUUGCUCGGCAAACGACGCGCUUCGACUCCGCCUCCACUCCUUCUCCGAUCCGUGCUCCAGCGUCCAAGCCGCCACUCCAUCACCAUCUCUAGUGCCUGCAGGCAAAACAUAAUUCCGUAGCAGCCUUCCUUCAUUUCCUUUGGACUUGCAAAGAAGCAAAAAUGGAUGAGGUUAAGAGACUACAUCCCUCUCCCUUUCUCCAAGUAUUUUUUGAACGAAUGGCAUCAGGGGAGUUCCUUCACAUCUUUCGGGGACGAAAAGUCUGCGAGGGACUUUUACACAAGUUGAAGAUAUCGUUGUUGUCCAUGAGUGCACUCUGUGAAGACGCGGAGGAAAUACAAUUUACAAAUCCUGCUGUGAAAGAUUGGCUCGAUGAGUUGAAAGAUGCUGUCUAUGAUGCAGAGGACACCUUGGAUGAGAUAGAUUCUGAACUCUUGCAACGUAAGUUGGAUGCUGAAUUUCAAACAACUGCAAGUAAGGUACGAAACUCCAUUUCUACUUUUCUUAGUCCUUCUGUUAAGAAGGUAGAGCCAAAGAUAAAAGAAGUACUAGACAAACUAGAAUAUUUAGCAAAACAAAAGGAUGCUCUAGGUUUGAAAGAAGGUGUUGGAAGAGAAUCAUCAAAAAGAUUGCCCACGACUUCUUUGGUUGAAGAAUCUGGUAUUUUUGGUAGGGAUGAUGAUAAGGAAAAAAUAAUAAACUUAUUGCACUUAGAUGAUGGAUGUGUCAUUGAAAAUCUGUAUGUGAUUCCCAUAGUCGGCAUGGGGGGAAUUGGCAAGACCACCCUUGCUCAGCUAGUAUACAAGGAUAAGAGGGUGAAUGAGCAUUUUAACCUUCAAGCAUGGGUUUGUGUAUCAGAUGAGUUUGACAUGUUAAAGGUAACGAAAACAAUUCUAGAGGAAGUGGGCUCGUCUACUAAUGAUGAUAGUAAGAAUCUAAAUCAGCUUCAACUUACAUUACAGGAGAAAUUGAUGGGGAAGAAAUUCCUAAUUGUUUUAGAUGAUGUAUGGAACGAGAAUUAUGCUGAUUGGAAGGUCUUAAGUGGUCCAUUUGAAUCUGGGGCACAAGGAAGUACGGUCAUUGUAACAACACGCAAUGACAGUGUUGCAUCAAUGAUGCGCACUGUUCCAACUCAUUAUCUCAACAUGUUAUCAGAAGAAGAUAGUUGGUCACUAUUUGCAAAACAUUCAUUCCCCGAUGGCAAAUUUGAUGCACGUUCAGAGCUAGAAGUAAUAGGUAGACAAAUUGUGAAAAAGUGUGAAGGUUUACCUUUAGCGGUCAAAGCAAUUGGGAGUAUCUUACAAUCUAAAUUAGAUGUUGAUGAGUGGGAGAGGAUAUUGAAGAGUGAAUUAUGGGAUUCGCCAAUAGACUACACAAACAUUCUUCCUAGUUUAAGAUUAAGCUACAAAUACCUUCCCUCACAUUUAAAGCUAUGCUUUGCUUAUUGUUCAAUAUUCCCAAAGGGUUAUGCAUUUGAAAAAGAUCACUUAAUAUUAUUAUGGAUGGCCGAAGGUUUAUUGCAAGAACCUAGAAACAGAACAAUGAAAGAAGUUGGUGAAGAUUAUUUUUGUAAUCUUGUAUCAAGAUCAUUAUUCCAACAAUCAUGCGGUAAUAAAUUAGGUUUUGUAAUGCAUGAUCUUGUCAAUAAUUUGGCAAACUUUGUAUCUGGGCAAUUUAGCUUUAGGCAGGAGAGUAACAAGACACGUCACUUGUCGUACUUUAAAACAAGAUUUGAUAACUUCGAGAAGUUUGAGGCUCUUUACAAGGUUAAGCGGCUGCGCACCUUCCUGCCAUUAGAAUUUUCCAUAAGAGACAACAAUUUAACUAAAAAAGUACCUCAUGAUUUAUUGCCAAAGCAAAGAUACUUACGGGUUCUCUCUUUGUCUCACUAUGAGAAUGUGACUAACUUGCCUGACUCAAUUGAUAAAAUCAUACAGUUACGUUAUUUGGACCUUUCUUUCACUGCAAUUAGAAGCUUGCCUAAUUCCCUGUGUAAGUUGAUCAAUUUGCAAACACUCAAGUUAUCAUGUUGUUACAAACUUGUUGGAUUGCCAAGGGAUAUGCGAAAACUCAUUAAUCUACGACAUCUUGAUAUCACCGGGACUAGAUUAAUAAUGGAGAUGCCGAUACAAUUGGGUAGCCUAAAAUAUCUCCAAACAUUGACUACAUUUAUAAUCAGCAAAACUAGUGGGUCCUGCAUAGGAGAGUUGGGAAAACUUACAAAUCUUCGAGGAAAGCUUACUAUUUUGAAUCUUCAAAAUGUUGUCUUUUCUGAAGAUGCAUUGGAUGCAUGCUUGAAGGAGAAGAAACACAUUAAGGAUUUGGUGUUGGAAUGGAAAGCUGAUACUGAUACUGAUGUUUUAGAAAGUCAAAGAACUAUACUUGACAGUCUCCAGCCUCAUUCAAAUCUAGAAAGUCUUACAAUCAAAUAUUAUAGCGGCAAAAGCUUUUCAGAUUGGGUAGGGCAUCAUUCAUUCUCUAAUAUAGCAUCUCUUUAUCUAUACGAUUGUAAAUAUUGCUGCAGCUUGCCACCACUUGGGCAGCUACCCUCUCUGCAUGACCUUUCUUUCAUUCAAUUUGAUGAAGUUGUUAAAGUGGAUCGUGAGUUUUAUGGCGACGGUUCUUUUUCAAUUAAGCCAUUUGGAGCCUUAAAAGUUCUAAGAUUUGAGCAAAUGUCGAAGUGGGAGGAAUGGUUAAGUGAAAGUGGAGAUUUUCCUCUUCUUCAAGAGCUUUAUAUAUAUGAUUGCCCUAAGCUAACAAGAGAGUUGCCCAUCCAUCUUCCUUCUCUAAUCAAACUUGAGAUCAUGGAAUGUCCGCUACUAGUGUCUUCACUCCCAAGGGCUCCUUCUAUAUGUCAAUUGAAUCUAACAGGCUGUAAUAAGGACCUGUUGAAGGAUUUGCCAACCAAAAUACAGAUUCUCAAAGUUGGAGGAUUUGAUGCACUAGAUUCCCGAGCCAUUGGAAUGAAGGAGUCCAGCUAUUCUCUCCAAGAGUUAGAAAUCUCUAACUGUUCCUCAUUUUCAAUGGGUGAUUUACCAUCUACUUUAAAAUCCAUUUCCAUCACAGACUGUCAGAGGUUAGAACUUCCGAUGCACCAAAUCUUUUCAUCCCUUAAAAAGUUGCACUUGGAAAAUAUUAAUGAUUCUUUCAGGUCCUUGCCAUUGGACUUAUUCCCAAACCUUUCUCAUAUCUUUAUCUUUAGGUGUGUGCAUUUGGAAACUCUUACAAUUUCAGACCAACUUGGUCUUGAUUUAAUGAUCUUGCACAUGCGAAUCAUAAAUUGCCCUAAUUUUGUAUCUUUUCCAAAAGGAGUAUUUCGUGCCUCCAAACUUACCUUGCUUUUACUCUGGAGUUGUGGUCGUUUAAGGUCACUACCUGAUAAAAUGCACGUACUCCCAUCUCUUGAGGAAUUGCAAAUAGUCGAUUGUGAAGAACUUGAGUCUUUUCCUGAUGGGGGUUUGCCUUGUAAUCUGAAAUCGGUUUCCAUCAUCGAUUGUGACAAUCUCGUUGCUGGACGAAUGGGAUGGGGUUUGCAAAAGCUCCCAUUUCUUAAAAAUUUGUCUAUUUGUGGUGAAAGGGGAGAUGUGGAGUCCUUUCCGGAGGUGGGAUUGCUGCCCACCAAUCUGACUGCUCUUCAAAUAAAGAAUUUUCCAAAUUUGAAAUCUUUGGAUAAGGGGCUUCAACAGCUCACCUCUCUUGAAGAAUUGCUGAUCGAUAACUGCCCUAUGCUUAAGUACAUGCCAGAAGAGGGCUUGCCUGCCUCUGUUUCUGUUUUACGGAUCGACUAUUGUCCUUUGAUAAAGAGACAAUGUCAGAGGAAAAAAGGAAAAGAAUGGCGCAAAAUUGCUCACGUCCACCUAAAAAUGAUGGAUGAUGAAUUGAUUGAAUGAGCAAAAAGUUUAGCAAGAAUCUCCACUUAGAAAAUGUUUGAUCAACAGAAUUUAGAAGAUCUAAAAGCUCGAUUAUGACUACACAAAGCAGAUGCGGGGGUAUAGAAUCUGUGGCGCCGCUCCUCACAUCAUCUAAUGCACAUGUACUCAAAGACUAGUGAUGACCUGUUGAACUUGUUGUGUAGUGCCAAAUCAAGAUUCCGGGAAAUUUUUCCGAGUUUUUAUUUUCUUCGGCAGUGUGGGAUCUGAAUUACUAUUAAAAUGUGUUUUCUUCUCAUAACUGGUUGCCUACUAUCUAGCCCGUUCUGAAGUUAGUGUGGUUAUGAUGCUUUCAAUUAUCAAAUUUUUGAGAUGAGAAACUAUAGAUGGGGUAUUAACGGGUCACAUUAUCUGCUGACUAAACAAUGCAGGAGCCAGGAGAAUGAUUUGAUAUUGGGCGGCAAGGGAGGAAGGGUCUUAACCUCAGAUGUCUUAUUACAGUGAAGAUUGAAGUUGUACCAACCAGAUAGUGGCAAGCUUCAACAGCUUCCACAAUAUACGCCUUGUUAGUUCUUGUUGGCUAAUUCGGUGAUCACUCCAAAGCACCAUCAAGACUCAUCCACUUUGCAAGGCUGUCAAGUUGAUUUCUUCUCCAAUCCUAGUGGCCGUCCGGACAUGGAGCUAAGCUGUCUGAACGUGGAAACCCGAAAGUUCCCCAAGCACUGGCUGUCCAGAUGACAAGCUCCCAUGUCCAGACGGGAUUUCCAGUGAGCCCAUUUUCUGUCCUCCGCAAGGCCCCGUCCGUACAGGCACUUACCCUGUUCGGACAUCCCGUAUGUAUUAUGCCAAGAAUGUGUUUUUUAGUGGGUCCAGAUCUAGGGUUUUGUAUAUGAUAUAAAUACAUUCUUAUAAAACUGAAGAGGUACGAAAUUUCACCCCAGGUAUCAUGAGAAGCUGUGCUUAGAAAGAAUUUUUGUGUGAGCCUAAUCAUUCCUCUUAGAGGAUUAUUUGUUAGUUUCAUUGUGCUUGAUUGAAUAGUCUAUCGGAAGGGUCUGGUUAAGAAGAAUUACGUUGAAGGAGAUUGUGAACGAGAAGACAAGUUGGAGGCUUGUCGAUCUUACAGAGUUAAGGUCUUGCAUCGAGUUGUAAGUGUUCUUAGUGUUUAUAAUCUCUGAACAUCUUUCUGAUAGUGAUUUAUUGGGUUUGGCUACCCCGGAGAGGUUUUACUUUUAGAGUGUUUUCUAAAAGGUUUCCUCUUCGUUACCAAAAUCUUUGUGUUUGAUUUUAUGUAUUUUGGUGAUUGUUUGCUCA